UACCGUUCGCUGCCUGGAAGUUGCUUCGUGCUAGUGGUUAGCAUGCUGCUAGCUCCCGUGAACCACCUGUGUUGUUUUUAGCCCCAAACCGGAGUUUUCUAACGGGGGGACUUCGGAGUCCACCUGCCGCAGACCGGUGCUCACUUCCCCGGUUGCACCGUUGUCUGGUCCCGGCGGUUUAACGGUCCCCUCGUGCCUUCCAACUUUUAUCGGUGCUGGUUUAGCUGGGAUGCUGGGAGGGGGGCUCGGGUUAGGUUCUCGUCGGUGUGUGUAUCAAUAACACCUCGUGGAUUUCCCUUUUUGCAUGUGAUUGCCAGUAGGCCCCGCGGUAGUGUUGAACUACAGGUCAGCAGCCGACACACGGUAACACAACGCUGACCCUGUUUGUUUAUUUCUGCCUCUGAAACUCAGUUAGCUUAGCCGCUUUGCUAACACUAGCCUUUUACAUGUUGUGUUUGUUUAUGUGCAGCUGGAAUUUACAGCUUUGGAAUCUCAAUGGAACCUGUGUUUUGUGUGUCUGUGUGUGUCGGUUUGUGUGUCUGUGAGUGAAGGCAAAUUAUCUGCAAAGCCCUGGUCCUGGCGUGAUCACUGUGAUACAACCAGCACGUGUUUAAAACAACUUCACAUCCAAACGUGGUUUACAGAAGAACAGGAAGUGGUUUGAUUGAGAGUUAGUCACACAUGUGUUGUGUUUAGGAAGCUGCACUGACUAAUAACACACCCUCGCUUCUUAUGGUUACGUUAAGUAAACUAGCAUGUGAGGCGGAGGUGGUUCAUUUCCAGCUCUGCCAGGAUUCACUGGCCACACAACUGGGUUUUACUGGGACCUUGUGGGCUGAGAUGUUCCUCUCAAGAGAUGCAGUAGUUAAGUCAAGUAAAGAUCUCCCACUGAAACCAGAACUUUCUCCUCAGAUCUGUAACUCGGGACUGGCCAAAGUCAUUUACCCUCCAACUGUAGAACCAGAGAUAACAAAUCAAAUGGUCUGAAGCUGUGGUUCCAAUCCCUUUUGGGGUUUGAACCCUGUAGGGCAAAAGCCAAGUCUAGUUGCGAUGACCUUAAUGUGGACAUGAAUUACCACAUUUUUUCAUUUCAGACGCCUGACGAGUUGAACACAUCCGAUCUUUCACAAGAAGAAAGUGAAAAGUCAAAAUACAACAUGGUUUUUGCAUAAAAUCAUGUUUCCAGGGCGGGACCCACAGGCCUCGGGUCUGUUUUCACAUUUCAUAGUGUUCAUUCUUAGGGGAAGAGAUGUUAUGGUAUAUUGCAAAGUUUAACCAAAAGUAAACCAAAGAUCCUUUAAAAAAGGCUGUGAAUAGUUGUUAUUUAUCAAUUAAGGUCAUACAAAGUGCAGCAACCACAAAGAACAAUGUUUAAUGUGUAGCACCACUUCUCCUCAGUGUGUUAACGCCCAGUCUAUCAAGGUGCUCGGCUGGUGGGUUGUUCCAGGCCUCCUGAAUGAGUUUCCACAGUUGUUCUGUGGAUUUAGUUCUGUCUCUGUGUCUUCUGUCUCUUUGUUUAAUCCCACACUGACUCCAUGAUGUUGAUCAGGCCUCUGUGGGGGCCAGGCCAUCUGUUCUAGAACUCCUUGUGCUUCUUGUUGCUGAAGAUAGAUCCUCACAGCUCCGUCUCUCUAACUGUGGUCGUUGUUAAGCUGCAGGAUGAUUGUGGGAUUGAUUUGUAGUUUUCUUUUUUUGACAAGAGCAGCAGCAGCAAAGUCCAGCAUUGUUGAAGAGCAUCAGGACAUUCACAACAUGUAGAUGCUAGAUGUCUUUUAUUAAUUAUAGAUCUUUAAACCGUUCUUGCUAGAACAGAAAUAAGGUAAAUGACGAUCAACUAUCUUCUUUAUUCCAAGAAUCAUGGAAAAGUUUUACAUGCAUGCAUACAUACAUAUUUAUACCUGAUCCAACUAACUAAUUACUAACUAAACUAACAGAAUAAUGUAAUAUUUACACUCCUCUUAAAGACCGGUUUCAAAGUAAAAUGUAUUAUUUAUCUACCAAAAAAAACGAAUCAGAUAGGUGAGUUCCCUGAACAUAAUUCCUCCUUAAUAGGAUUAUUUAAGACAUCAAUGAUCUAAAAAGCUACUCUUAGUUAUUAGACCCCAAAACAGCAGAAUUUUAGUCUGUAAAUGUCAGAAUCAUAUACGUAUGGACUUUGACAAAUUAAAUUUACAGGAACAUUACGAUUCAGUAUAAUGUUGCCUUCAGGGUCUAAUGCUGCUCCACCACCUUCAGCCUGUUCAUAUGCUGGAUCUACAUUGGGUAAGAAAAAGAAGCUAAAUCUCUUUUUCCUCUUGAGCAAAACAGUCGUUUACUCUCUCCCGUCUUCAUUGAUGUUACUUUGUUCACACACUGGUAUUUGAAUGAUCAUUACGGUGCAGAAGAGGUAAUGAUAGUUGGAAUAAAGGUGCCUGUAUGGACUCGGAUUAGCAGUUGGAAGGUGUUGUAUGCUUCGCCUUGAUGCUAUUGCGUCAGGACAAAGAAUCCAAACACCAUAAGUGCCUAAAUCUUUUGUAUUCUGAGGCCAAUUCAAAACACGCUCCACAGCCAAGAGGUUUUUUUGUUUUAAAAAUCAGCCCCACAUAAAAAACAAGUUAUUGCACACCUACCUCAUAACAGUGGACUGGACGCUGUUUUGGAAAAUUUUAUUUUUGUGGGGAGAGAAACACUUUGUCUGGGUGGAGGCCUGAAAUGAAGAGAAUAGGCUUGUUUGUCAUUUAUUUUCAGUUUAAUGUGGAUGUAGUCGGACGGAGUCACAUUUGACAAGUAACCACAACAUUCAUUACAUUGUUUCGUGGACAUAACACAUAGAAAAUGUUCCUGCAGAAUUAAAAUUUGCUCCAACAACAUGUUACUUAUGGGGGACGAGAACACGGGGAGCACUUCUUUGAUCCAGCUCGUCCUGCUGAACUGUAGCCCUGAGAGCAAGCAGUGAUUCGUGUUCCAGUUUUUUGGAAGCAGGUCACAAGAGCCAGUGUAAUUAUGUUUGUCAUGUCGAGUCCGAGGGUGAACGACCUGUCCCCUGCUCACCCCAUUGUUUUUCUUUCUCUCGCUCUUAUUAUAUGCACGGACAAAUCACAUUAGCUUUCCCAGCUUGAGUCUGUCACGGGGCACGAGGAGCACGUGCACGUGGUAGCGCUUGUUCCAGGUGACAACCACGUUAUCUCCCAAAAGGAAUAUUAUCAAAAUGUAUUUGUUGCCAGAGUCGCCUUUGGCCCGGAUCCUGCUGCGUCAGCACCGUGUCGAUCGGAGGAGAUUGUCCCAGAGACGCCAACAACGAGCUUCUAAGUCAGUUUCGACAGAGGUCACCUCAAAGAUUGAUGUACUAGGAAUUAAUGUAAAUGAACACCGGGUCCAUCAUGCUAAUUGAAGCAGUGAUUUCCCUCUUCUGCUUCAGACGCCUGCAACUGCAUCUCAUCGUCAUCCAGUGAGAUCAUCUCCUCCCGGAAAGUCACUUUGGAAUCACCUUUACUGUGUCACCUUUUUAUUGUCCUCUGUUGUUUGAGUUAUUGGGAGCAGCCGGUUCUAGACUAGAGGACGGUUCAGUGGAAAGAUUCCUGUGUGUGGAUCUGCUGUGUUCUCACAUACAAGGGAUUAAUAUAAUGUAGAUUUCUCUUUAUCCACCUGCAGUAAUCUAAAAAAAUAUCCUUUGUUUGUUUACAUGCACACAGAUCAUUUACUAAUUAUUGUAUGUUUAGAUUUAUUAAAAACAUAAAAGGGAUAUCUACGCGUAUGGUUGCAGAUUCACCCACUGAGCUUAGUUGUUCGAUUUUAUUUGGAUCUUUAUUUUUGCUCUUGUGUUCCUAGUCUCAUAACUGUCAGCCACGGUGUUUAUAAAUAAGGUGUUAUCAGUCUCUUAUCCAUGGUUCGGAUCAGAGCCAACGUUUACUGGGGGGGGGGGUGAACACUCAAUCGUUCAUUAUUAAAAUAACUCAUUUACAUUCAUAAUUAUAUAAAAGAUUGUGGACGUUAUUCAAGCGAUAAUCUUUCAUUCUGUGCAAAGAAACCAAAACACUUUUGCUAUAAAUAGUCUCAAUGUUAGAAUAUCACUUGGUCUUUACUCCUUCAAGUGGUCUUGUGUUAACGUUUUGUAAGAGAAAUGUUUCUGUGGCCUGUGUAGUUUAUCCUGUGUGUUGUAGCUCUGUCUCAACGAUACAGAUAUUUAGUACACUGUAAUAACUACAGACAAGAUUAAUGCGGAACUGUGUCUACAGACACCCCAGUCUGUAUUGAUCACAGUACACUCUGCUGGUCUGUGGGAAGGACUGUGGACACUUAGUAUCUCUGUUUGUAGUUUUCAGAUAAUGUGGUGUUGAGAGUGUUUUUCUCUACGAGGCAACUUCACCUUAUCUUUAAUUAUGAGGAAGUAAUUCUGUGACUCAACAUCUGUCGUACAUAUAUUUCAUUCAUCAUGAUCUUGAAAGGUUCUUAAAUGUACCCGACUGAAACCUGAAGAAAACCAGUAUACACGUCUGAGUAAACCAGUAAUGUUAAAGUCACAUUUGUCUCCACUUCAGCCUGAAUUCCAGUAAGAUAAUGAUAUAGUGAAUAAUUAUUCGUGCAUUGGGCUAUUAUUAGUAAGACAGAUUAUUUAUUAUAGAGCAAGAGCCAAGAUUCACUUGGUGUCUGGUUUCAUUUGUAAGGUGCUUCUUGUCCAGGUCACACUGUGAGUCAGGAUUUCCGUUCCAAAGUAAUGUUCUUACUAACGUAACACUGAUUGUUCCAGGAGGUUGAUUGUCUUGUUCUAAGCCUCCGCGGUCGUCCACACUUAAAGCCUCUAAGCCUUGUGUUGGGUUUUUGUUAACGUUUUUUAUAUUUUUUAAUGUUCUAGUAAAUCGUGGAAGGAUGGCAGCGUGCUGGUCCUCGGGCCCACCUGUUACAAGGAGAUAAACCCACUGCGCUGUGAUGAUAAACGUACAGGUGCAGCGUUUUUAUCUCCACUGAACUGAACCUAAGAAUCGCAUCGUUGCUUCCCUGUCAGAAAACCAGUCAGCCGGUGCCCACGUUCUGCUGCAGAGGAGAGAGCACCAGGAUGAGGAGAGAGUAGGCCCCCGCCGUAGUAUGGCCGCGUCCCGUUCCUCGCGUGUCACAAGGUCAUCAGUUGGGCUCAAUGGAUUGGAUGAGAACUUUUGUGGUCGAACCCUCAGGAACCGCAGCAUCGCCCAGCCAGAGGAGACCUCGGUGUCUCCUCUACCCAGGGCCCGCUCGCCCAAGAAGAGGCAGGACGCCAAGCAGGAGUCGAGACAGGAGUCGAAGCAGGAAACUAGACAGGAGUCGAAGCAGGACACCAAACAGGAGAGCAAGCAGGAGUCAAAGCAAGAUGUUAAGCAGGAGUCUAAGCAGGAGGCUAAACACGAUACAAAGCAGGAUACCAAGCAGAACACUCGGCACGAUGGCCAGCAACAGGCCUCGUUGCAGGGAAAGGAAACUGACUCAAAUGCUUCCCCAGCUGAGGUGGAGCAGUGGACCAGCUCCAGGAAGCGGGGCGUGUCCUGUUUAGAAAAAGACAUUAGUCCCGAGAAGCCCGAGAACUGUGAUAGAGGCAAAGCGGCGCGAGAUCCCUCUCCUCAAAUCAAAAGGGCCAAGCGGUGCUCCCGCUCUGGAGAGUCUCAGGGACCCGAGGAGCAGUCUGAGCCUCUGAGGCCCGAAAGUCCAGUAUCUGUACCGGAGCCUAGCCAGGACAACAGUUGUGAAGAACUUCUUAGCCAAAACUCUUCUCACACAGCUCCGGCCUCACCGGUCCUCAGUAGAGAGGACGGUGAGCUGAUGGCUGUGAAGACGGAGGAUGUUCAUUUGGAGUGCGACGGGGUUUCCCAGCCCCUGAACACUCAUAAAGCUUCUAAUGGACUUGCAGAGAAUACGGCCGAGGAACCUGGCCCGCUCACUGAAGAGACUAGUUCAAGUCCCACCUCCGUCACCAGCUGCCCGGCGCUGCUCAACGGCAGCCAGGCGGGGGCUCCCUCAUCCCCGGACCCUGCUGUGCCUUGUAGAAACUCUGACCCUGGGCAGAUGGAGGUCUCUGGCUCAGGGGAAUCGCCAGCCUCCUCUGCGCCGCCACUUGAGGCGGUUCCAGAGGAUCCGAUCUCCGAGUUGAUAGUGGCCAAGCAGGAGGUGGAGGAGGUGGAGGUCGACGUGGUGGGCGAGACUUUGUGUCUGGCCCACGAGGAGCAGGUGACGGAGAGCGACACUAACGGUCGGCCACCAACACCGGUGCAGGAAGCUGCUGCCUCCACCUCCUACACCACACCCAACACGAACAAUAGCCCAAUCAACAAUGGCAACUCAGGAGAAACCACACCCCCACUAGCAACAACCCCACCCCCCACAGAGCCAGGGUGCAACCCCUCAAUAUCCAGCAUGCCCCCCUCUUUCACGGAGCUCUAUGAACACAGAUACACCCUAAGGACUUCACCCAGGAGAGCUGCUACUGGUGGCAAAGCAACCUCCUCCAAGCCCUGCUCUCCUCCCAGAGACAAUGGUCCCAUGAGGGAAGAGGGGGAGGUGGAGGUGGGGCUGGAGGAGGUCUGCCCUAUGGUGGAGGAACCUGCCCCUUCAGACUCUGUUGGCCCCUUUAAGGAGGAGCCAAUGUCCGUGGAUCCCGGGGACAGGGCAGGUGGCGAGGCCGGUGGUUCUUUGGAUCGUAAAGAGGCCGAGAGCAGCAAGGACCUCGCUCAGAGCCAGGCUGCGGAGGAGGAGGAGGAGGAGGAAGAGGAGGAGCCAGACGUGUAUUAUUUUGAGUCUGACCACCUGGCUCUUAAACACAAUAAAGAUUACCAGAGGCUGCUGCAGACCAUCGGGGUUCUGGAGGCCCAGCGCACGCAGGCCAUCCUGGACCUGGAGACGUUGGCGCGUCACCAGAGGGAAGCACUGGGCGAUCCCAUCAGCUUUGUGGAGCAGCUGCAGAAACAGGUGAACUUGGGCCUGCCGUGUCCUCAGCGGGUCGUCCAGCUCCCCGACAUUGCGUGGGAACAGUACACCUCAGGACUCGGCGACUUCGAGAGGGAGUUCUGCGACAAGAAGCGCAAAACCCGGCGGCUAAAGCUGAUCUUCGACAAAGGUUUGCCUCUUCGACCAAAAAGUCCAGUAGAGCCCAAGAAGGAGGGCGAGUCCUCCACCAUGUACUCGUCCCUGCCCACCAGUGACGCCCUGGAGAACGAAAGGCAAGCGCAGAUGAUCAGGGGGAGGAUUUGUCAGCCAAACAAGUCCGACACAUUUAACCAGCUGUGGACGGUGGAGGAGCAGAAAAAACUGGAGCAGCUUCUGGUCAAGUUUCCUCCUGAGGAGGUGGAGUCCAGGAGGUGGCAGAAGAUCGCUGACGCGCUGGGAAACCGAACAGCUAAACAGGUUGCCAGUAGGGUUCAGAAGUACUUCAUCAAACUGACUAAAGCUGGGAUCCCCGUGCCUGGAAGAACACCCAACCUGUGCAUGUACACUAAAAAGGCCUCCAGUAAGAGACAGCACCACCUGAACAAGCACCUGUACCGGCCGUCCACCUUCCUCACCUCCUACGAGCCUCCGGUCUUCAUGGACGAGGACGACGAGCGGGCGGCGUAUUACGGGAGCGUGCAGGACCCCUCCGCUGAUGACUCGGAUGAGGAGAGUGUUCCUGUGGAGCUGAGAAAUUUGCCAGAGUACAAAGAGCUUUUGGAGCUGAAGCGACUGAAAAAGCAGAAGCUCCAGGAGUUCCAGGAGGAGAAGGUCGGGGUGCGACACCUCGGCUUCAAGUGUGACGUCUGUGGCAUGGAGCCCAUCCAGGGCGUGCGGUGGCACUGUCAGGACUGUCCGUCUGACAACGCAGUCGAUUUCUGCUCCAGCUGCUCCGACUGCUUGUACAAGACGGAGACCCACAAGCCGACCCACCACCUGGAGCCGGUGUACCUGUCGGACACCUUUCUGGACAGGGACUACUGCCUGCCGCAGAGCACCGGCUACAACUACCUGGACCCCAACUACUUCCCAGCCAACAGAUGACAGGGUCCCCGGCGCCCAUAGCUCCAGGCUCUCUCCACAUAUCCCACAGGCCACUCUGUGCAUGGCUCCAUCCUCCAAGUCCAAGAUAACCGCUUACCCCGCCGCCAGGCAGGAAGGCCAGCAGGCAGGCAAACAGCCGGUGGGGGGGGCCUCAGAGCAGACCUACGGUGCUGCUGCUGGUGGGGGGGGGGUGGGGCUGUUGGUAAACUGGCCUCCCUGACUCGAGCUAAAAGGAGUGGCCAUGUUGGUUCCUUAGAAUACAGGGGGGGGCCCCCGCUCCACCUCAGCCUGGUUAAUCAACGGAUCUGUGAUUUGAAACGAUGCACACUAUUUUUAAAAACUAACAAACAGGAAAAAAACAAACAACCAGAAGACACACCGACAUUCCCGAGCUCUGUGACUCCAGGAGGGCUGUCCGCUCCCCCCCCCCCCCCCCCGUCACCGUCCUCCAGUUUACCUCCCUGUGCUGCUUCGAAACUGGAGAGCCGAGGACGUGCGGUCGACCAGUGUGUCAUCGUGGACUGUGAAGUCAUCAACUGAGACACACACAGACGGUUUCAGUGUGUGUGUGUGUGUGCGUGCGUGGUCUCCGUGUUAAGCAAGAGUGAUAAAAUGUUUUAGGUAGGAAUCCGUAGAUUGAGUAUUUAUGAGUUGCGCGCCCCCCCCGGCGGGAGCACGGGGGUUCGAUGCUGCCGUGUUUCCCCGGCUGUGGAUCGUUUGAAGUCGAUCUGCAGACGACCUGUAGGUGGAGCCGUCACUACCACUGUCACACCAUGCCGCUCUCUGACCCUCUCACCCUCACACACACACCUACACAGACACACACUUUCAUCUCUUGUUUCCUCCCCCCCCCCCCCGCUCUCUCUCCACUAAAUCAAGUCUAACAAGGAAGCACUACAGCACGGAGAGCACGCGCUGCUGAACGUACGAUUCGACUCACGAUCAUGUUUCUGUUUCCGUUUUCUUUUCUGCUCCCCCGGUGUGUACGCUGUUGUUGAUUAUGUUGAGUGUACAAGUAUAUGGUGAAAAGUAGCCAGUGCUAGUUGCUGUGUGCCAUUUUUAAAAAGAAGAAUCUUUUUUUUGUUUAUUUUAUUUUGUUUUGUUUUGCAAGGGGGGGUGGGGGGGGGCCACACCUCCUCCCUUCUUGCGUGGCGCCAUCGACCCACAUUUACCCCGACAUCAUCGAUCCAGUCAUCAUGCCUCUAGAUCUUUAAUUUUUUUUGCAGUUCACUUUAAAAAGGUCCAUUUAAAAGAUUGUAUUUUUAUUAAUCUAUUUAAAAAAAAAAAGAAGAAUUGAGGUCUUGGUUGGUGCCUCCGCAGUGGAACAACCCACACAGUUUUAUACACAUAGAUUUUGUUGUGCUUGAGUAGACACCAUUUUGUAUGGUUUUCGUCUCCUUCCCCCCCCCCCCCCCCCUCCCCUUUGCCCCGCUUCAGUAUCUGUGUAUAACAGUCUGUUCUUAUGUAAAAAAAAUAAUGUAAAAAAAUUGCUAGAGGAGAACCGUGGAAAUAAAAGUAUGUGAAAAUAGUGUUUCUACA